CGUUGAUGGAGAAAGAGGGUCCAGAUCGGCGUGUUCCAAGAAGCCUACUGUGGACCUGGACAUCAUUGAUGCCUGGUAGUAGAAAAUAUGGCGAAGUCCAACAAUCUAAUGGCGCCCUCCCGAAAUCCAGCUAAGCAACGGAAUUCUGAACCAUCAAAAGGCAAGAAGCGAUCUGCUACCGAAGCUUUCACCUCGAAGCCCGGCUCAGUCGAAAAGUCACUCAAAGACCACCGCAACAAUAUCAACAGUUUUGCCGCGCAGGCCAAGACAGUAAAUUUUACCGAUGCAUCGGGUGGCGACCGUACCGACGACACGGCGGCCAGCUCGGAGCCGCAGAAGUCAUCUAGAGGCCCGUACCUCAAAGAACGAGCUCGGAACCUGUUGACCUUCAGGCAAAAGUUACCAAUCUACGGCCAUGCGGAUGAAAUCCGACAGACCGUCCGAGACCACAAUGUACUUCUGUUGGUGGGAGAGACCGGUUCCGGAAAGUCGACGCAAAUCCCACAAUUUCUCAUCAACGAACCAUGGAGCAGUAAAAAGACUAUCAAGGGUGGCGCCAAUGUUGGCGGCUGUAUCGCAAUCACCCAGCCUCGAAGAGUUGCUGCAAUUUCGCUGGCUCGGCGCGUUGCAGAGGAAAUGGGCACGCCGCUGGGAAAUUCAAGUCCGGCUUCUCAGGUCGGCUAUUCAGUCCGAUUCGAGAACAGUACGAGCCCUUCUACGCGGAUCAAGUUCUUGACAGAGGGCAUGCUCCUACAAGAAAUGCUCCGAGAUCCCUGGCUGAAGGAAUAUUCUGCGGUCGUGGUUGAUGAGGUUCACGAGCGUGGGGUGAAUGUGGAUCUGGUGCUAGGCUUCCUGAAAAGGUUGCAAGGUCUUCAAAGCAAGGAUGAUGGUCGGGGUGGCAUCGGCAUCAAAGUUGUUGUGAUGAGUGCCACAGCAGACAUGGAGAAGAUCCGGGACUUCUUCCACAUCAGCUCAACGAGCGUCCCGAAGGAAGACAGCCGUUCACCAGCCAUGGAACAAGAAUGGUCCGGAUUCUCCAAUGAUCCAGAUGUUACCGCAAAGGACACCGCUCAACCGUCUCCUUCCUCUGCAAAUGGCGUCUCGAAAGGCUCUUCGACUGCCUUACCCUCAAGGCCCUCGGCAACCGCCACAUCCCUCUUCAUCAAAGGCCGCCAAUAUCCUGUCAGCAUCACCUACACCUCGUCCCCUGUCCCAGACAUCCUCGACGCCGCCUACCAACGCAUAAUGCGCAUCCACACACACUCCCCCCUGCCAGGCGACAUUCUCGUCUUUCUCACUGGGCAAGAAACAGUCGAAUCGCUCCUCAGUCUAGUCACAUCAUGGUCCACCUCGAUCCAAAAGGACGCCGCCCUCUCCAAAGCGCUCCCCAAACUACUCAUCCUCCCCCUCUACGCAGCGCUCCCCUCCGCGGCCCAACAACGCGUCUUCCAGCCCACCCCGAAAUUCACUCGCAAGAUCAUCCUAUCCACCAACAUCGCCGAGACAUCCAUCACGGUUCCCGGCAUCCGCCACGUCAUCGACACAGGCAAAGCCAAACAGCGCCUCUUCCGACCCUCGCUCAAUCUCGACACACUCCUCACGGUCCCCAUCUCCCGUAGCUCUGCGAAUCAACGCUCUGGCCGCGCCGGCCGCGACGCCGCCGGCACAGCAUACCGUCUCUACACACAAUCCGACUUCCACCAGCUCGCCCAGGACACCGAACCCGAGAUCCUACGUUGCGACCUCAGCCAACUCGUCCUGACACUCAAAGCGCACGGCGUCGACGACCUCGCCAGCUUCCCAUUCCUAACGUCCCCUCCCCGCCGUGCCCUCGAACGGGCAAUGAUCCAUCUCCUCCAACUCAACGCGCUCGAUGCGUCGGACGGACAAAUCACACCACUCGGUAGGGCGAUGAGCGUGCUCCCAUUGCCCGCGAGCCUCGCGCGUGUCCUCCUGGCCAGCGCCGAACCCCAGUAUUCCUGCGUCGACGAGAUCAUCGACAUCGUAUCCGCCCUCAGCGUCGAGAAUAUCUUUCUCAAUAUUCACCACCACAACUCUCCAGUCUCAUCAUCCUCAUCCACUGAUCCUCUCACGCCCAUGUCCAACUCGAAAAAGGCAAACGCCGAUCUCGACGCCGAAGACCCCAACGCCGACGCCGACGCCGGAGACCCCCGCGCAACGCUCAUCGCCCAAAAUCGUCAGACCCUCUACCGCCGCGAAGGCGAUCACCUCACCCUCCUCGCGACCAUGCAAGCCUACGCGGCCGAGAACGCCGACCGACGCCGCUGGUGCGACGACCGCGCCAUCUCGCACCGCGCCAUGUCCGGCGCCAUGGACGUGCGGAAGCAAUUGUUUAGCAUCAUGCAGCGCCAUCAGAAAAAUUCUCAAUCUCAGCACAACUCCUGCCGAGGCAAUGACGAGAGCAAGAGCAAAAGCAAGAGCAAGGAAAACGUCAACGACGAGAACGAGAGCAAGAGCAACAAUAAGGACAAGGACAAAGACCAGCACGAUCCAACCACCCUACCGAUUCGAAUACUAAAAUGCCUCCUGACCGGCUUCCACCCCAACGUCGCGCGUCUCUCGGCCGACGGAUCGUACCGAACCCUUUUGACCAAUCAGCCCGUGGCGAUCCACCCAAGCAGCGUCCUCUUCUCCGUGCCUCGAGGACCUACUCCUAGAAACGAAGGGAACGAGUCCGGUGAGCAGGGGCCCACCAAAGCACGCAAAUUUGAAGGCAUAAUGUACAAUGAAUUCGUCUACACCGGCACCAAGGCGUACGCUCGCGGUCUGAGCGCCAUCGAGAUGCGAUGGGUCGGCGAGGUUCUGCGUCGAUAAACACCAAGCUAACAUAUAGACUUGUUCCGAGACUAUAAUUAUUCUCUCCAUCCUCCUUAACUUGCUCCUACGUCCAAAGCAGAAUCAGCCAAGUAAACGAAGGAGAGCUUAGUCUAGC